AUGGGGAGGUAUAGGGAGAAAUUUUGGUUUGUUUGUAUUUUUAUAUGCACUGUGGGACUUGAACGUGUGUUUAUUUACUUUGCCCGAUUUAUCAACAGCUACAUCGAGAAGCUGGUCAAGUUCGUUGACGAACGAGCCGGGGCUUUGAUCGAAGGUACGAAGGUGCUGAAGCUCAACCAGGCUGGGCUCCACUACGUGCAAUCGCGGCUCGAGGCGUUGCAGGAGCUCGAGAGACUUCUAGCUGGAACUCCAGUUGACUAUCUACGUGCAUACGUGUCGGACCUCGGGGAUCACCGGGCGCUCGAGCUAUUUCUCCGGAUUCUGCGGCUCCUGACGACUCUUAAAGUGGUGUCUGCCUUGUCUCCGCCUGCGCGUGACCCAACGCCUCUAUCUUUGCUGCCGUUUGUGAGACUGAAGGUUCUUGAACUCAGAGGCUGCGAUUUGUCUACUUCAGCAUCCAAAGGAUUGCUUGAGUUGAGGCAUACUUUAGAGAAGAUUAUUUGUCAUAAUUCAACUGAUGCUUUGCGUCAUGUGUUUGCCAGUAGAAUUGUUGAGAUAAAGGGCUCUCCACAGUGGAACCGUUUGUCCUUUGUUUCGUGUGCAUGCAAUGGCUUGUUGCUAAUGGAUGAGUCUUUGCAACUUCUUCCUGCUGUUGAAACUCUUGAUUUAAGUCGAAACAAGUUUGCAAAGGUGGAUAAUCUUCUGAAAUGUGCCAAGUUGAAGCACUUGGAUCUUGGAUUCAAUCAUUUGCGAUCCAUCUCAUCAUUUAGUGAGGUCUCCUGUCAUGUUGUUAAACUUGUUUUGAGGAACAAUGCUCUAACUACAUUGCGUGGAAUUGAGAAUCUGAAGUCUCUUGAAGGGCUUGAUGUUUCCUACAAUAUUAUUUCCAACUUUUUAGAGUUAGAGUUCCUUGAGGGGAUCCCAUCUCUUCGAAGUUUGUCGCUUGAAGGGAAUCUGCUAUGUUGUGCCCGAUGGUACCGUGCACAUGUAUUCCGCUACUUCAGUCGUCCUGAAAAUUUGAAAUUAGAUGACAAAGAAAUCAGCACAAAAGAGUACUGGAAGAGGAUGAUCAUUGUUGCCAGCAGACAGAAGCGACCUUCCAGCUUUGGGUUCUACUAUCCUGCAAAAUAUGAUGCUGAAGGAGAGGGGUUAUCAACAAAAAGAGGGUGCAUAAAGGCGUCUCGACAAGAAAGAACACACAUUUAUUCUGAUCUAGAUUUUGUGUCAUGCGAUAAUGAAAUGCGAAGCAGAGAGGAGAACAUCAUAUCUGAGGAUGAAGCUGAAAUAGUUGAUUUGAUGAAAAGAGUAGAACAAUUGAAGAAAGAACGUUCUAUUCUUUGGUUACGGGAAUUCAAGGACUGGAUGGAUCAUCCUUCUGAGAAUUUUGCCGAUGGUGGGUUUAGUACAUCUAUGUUACAUCAUGGGAAAGACAAUUAUAAGAAAGGUGGGGAAAGUGUGAGGCAUCUUAGUGAAAGUUCUAGAUAUGUUUCAGACUCGGAUCAAGCUUCAGGAGAUGAAAGAAUUACUGGUGGAUUGUCUCUACCAGGCUUGAGGACAAUGGAUGUGAAACAGGAGCAUCAGAAAUCUUACUUGCAUGAUGAGACUUGUAAUGGAUCCAUUUUAGCUGAGAGUUCUCAUAGUAAUAUUUUUUCCCUUGAGGAAACUAAUAGAAUGGUUGAAAAUGCCAGUGUAUCACAUUUUAAUACAAUUGAUAAUAUAACAGAGUCUAAUUCUUCAUCUGCUAACCCUGGAUCACCGCCUCAUUAUAAGGACCUUUUGCAUCGUCGCCAGAAUUUGGUGGAAGAAAUUCUGCAGUUAUCAGCAGAGUCUUAUUCAGCGGCAUCAUCUGACAGUGAUACAAGCUGCAGUGAAGAUGAUUACAGUGAAGCUGGGAUACCUGCAGAGGAAUAUCUCAAUAGGAGCACCAAAGGGUAUUCUCUGGUACCACAAGAAUCAAACGGUGGCCCAGGGGUUAGUGGGUCUUAUGUUAAAGAAAUGAAAGGAAAAAUCUCUUCAAACGAGAGUGAUCUUCAGAAUGAUUUUGAUAGAAACCAGAUUAAAAAUGCAAUUCCAAUGCUGACACUUGAUGAUGGUGUGAGAUAUUCUCAUGCCGAAGUUCAUGAAACUUGUAGAUUAUAUAUGUGUUGCAGUUGUAUGGUUGGCCAACCUUUUUACAAAGAAAGAGAAGUAGCUCUGGUAUUAAGCAGUGAGGAAAAGAUGUAUGUACUACUUGUUGGCAUCACAUUUGAUGGAUCAGAGAGUACCUUGGAUUUAUUAGGUUCUCAUAGGGUUGAAGAUAUAAGAGCAGUUUUAGUUGGUCUGAGCCUUCAGGUUGUGAGGGUGAAUGUUGACAGGAGUGUAACGUACUUGUUCAUAACAAGGAGCUUCAAGAAAUCAAUUCAACUACUUUACACGUUGAAACUUUCUGAUUUAUCUGCACCGAUUAAUAAAUGUUCUUUAAGGAGGUUGAGGUUUGGAAAUUUAAAUGGCAGUUUGGAGCAGGUGUGGAGGUUUAAAAUUGAGCAUUUCCCAAUACUCGAUGGUGCUUUUUCAGAAAGGCAAUGAAGAGGAAUCAUGGCUUUCAUGAUCACUGUUUGUAAUUGGAGGACAAGUGAUCGUGUGUGUUGAAGACAUUAUUGAGUUAAGUUCGAUCCUAAAUGAUGCAUGUUCACCUCCAUAUUUCUCCCUGGAUUCAUGCUGCAACAUUGCAGAUAUAUCUGAGAUGGUUAUCGAUAACAGAGGGAGACAUUGUGUGACAUUAUCUCUUGAGUGCAGCACAUCAAAGGCCUGUUCCUCAACGAAAAUGCAAAAGAAGGAAAAUAAUGUAGCAAGGUUUCGGACGUGGAAACUGAGGUGGUUCUCGGAAAAGAGUCUAUCCCAGUUUGUGGCAUUGGUGAAGACAAUCCAUCUAGGGACUACUUCAUCUCCUUUGCAUGUAAGAUUUGAAUCAUGAGAGGUUUCAGUUUUCGGGUUUGCAUGUUUCCAUAGUAUAGUCAUUUCAUCCUUUUGAUUGGGUGCUUUCUUGUGGUAUCCUUUUCCCUUUUUUCAAAAUUAUUGGAUUUUGUUUGGUUAUGGUGUGCCGAGUACAUAACUUUGUGUCAGUAUUCUUUGAUUUGUAUUCUUUUAGAAGUUAAAUUUUAACAUGUACAGAUCGUACAGUAUAUAGAAUAGCAAAGCAAGUAAGAUGUAUGGAUGU